AUGGGAGCGUCGUGGACGGUGCUGGAAUGGAAAGCCAGUGAAGAAUUCAUUCCUCGCUUGAUUAUCAUCAGCAGUUCUUUCUUGUUUGAAGUAGAUGACAAUUAUUAUAAAUCAAUGUCAGAAUCUGUUAUAAUUGCUUGUAAUGUCUAUAGUGAGACCCUCCCUUGUGAAGCCCCACCCUCAUACCGAGGUCAAGCUGUGAAAUAUUCUUAUAAGAUUACCAUUGGUAUGCAACGUAUAAAUUGUCCCAUCAAACUUCUUCGUGUUCCAUUACGUGUACUUGAAGUCAACGGAUUCAUGGAGCAUGGCAUGUGUGGUGACAGUGAAGACCUCACUCCUACUAACCCCUUUCUGGAAAUUCAGCGUCGGGAAACACCAUUGGAUGUAGCCCUGCAAGUUAUGCAGAAUAUCACUGCCAGAAGAACACCAAACUUCUAUAAUAUUACAAAUACCCGUGGCAAAGUUGUGAGGUUUUGCCUCUUUAAACAAGCAUAUAAAUUAGGUGAAGAUAUUGUGGGCACGUUUGAUUUCUCUGAUGCUACUAUUCCUUGUGUUCAGUUUUCAGUUGUGCUGCAGAGUGAAGAAGAAAUAAAUCCUGGUUGCAAGCGAUGGGCAAAACUAGGGCCGGCUAUUGUAUCUUAUAGUAAAUAUCAUGAAGUAUGUUUGAAUAUGAAACGUUCACAGUUAAUUCUUCCCAUACCUCUUCAUAUAACACCUGCUUUUGCUACAAAACUUGUGACAUUAAAAUGGAGGCUGCACUUUGAAUUUGUCACUACUCUUACUCCUUUAACUCAUCACAAUUCAUCAAGCAAUGCCUAUGGCAAAGUGUUACAAGGCCCUUCUUCUCUUGAUAUAGAGACAAUGAUAUGGAAUCUUCCAGUAAAUAUAUAUUCUACUACACCAUUGCAGGUAUCGCAAGGCCUUCAAGCUCAAACAAAGUUUGGCGUUGUUAUUUAGCACUUAGAUUUAGACAAUUAGUGAUUGAGUUCUGCAUAUUUGCUCAUGGGAGAGGGUUAGGUAGAGUAGGUAUAUUGGGGUAUUGUUGGUUCUAUAGUUGAAUUAUGUACAAUUUUUUAUAUACAAUUUACACAAUUUUGGAUUGGAGUAAAGCAACAGAACAAUCAUUGAGGUAACACCACUUAUGAUAUUGAAGUAAUAUCUCUUAUAUAAAAAUGUGUUUAUAUACGUCGUGAAAACCAAACCUCUUCAUGUUUUUUUAAUUUUUGUUUUUAUUGUAGCUAGUUUUUUAAUCUUUUAUAGAUAUUAAUUGUUUAAUAAGUAGCACCUUUAUUUCCAUACACUAUUAAAUAUAUUCAUAGAAUUUUAAAAUGGCAGUAUAUUAAAUCUGAUCAAAAGGUAUUUUGAAUAUAUUAAUUCAUUUGAGAUUUGUGAAUUAGGUUUUGGAAGUAUUUUUUCAUUCAGUAUGAAUGCACUUUUUUAAUGACCAGUGUAGUUUUUGACUUGUACAGUUUUAAGCUUUCUUAAUUUUUUUUCUUGUUCAGAUUGUUUUUGCCUUGUUCCUGUACAGAAAGUGAAAUAAUUCACUGUGUCAAACACGAAAAUUCUAAUUGAGUUAUAUUUAAGAAUUUGUCUCUUGAAACAUUAACUGGGCAUUAGAAAUUUAGCAAAAUGUCAAAUUCUAUAGAGGGACAUAUUGGUAGUAUGUCUUUGUCUUGUGGGUUGUGCUACGUGUUGUUUAUCUGCAUGUCUGUGUGAUAUGAGUUAAGACAAAUGGUCUCUGCAAACUGUCAAGUUAGAUGUUGGUAUGAUUCUAGAAUUGAAUGAUAAGGAAAGAGUGCAGUUGCAGUGUUAGAGAAAAUGAGAGUAGUUUGGGGAAAUCUGUCUUUGUUUUGUCCCCUCAAAGUUCUAAUGGGAAUAACAAAAUUUAAAAUUGAUAGUGGGGUAAAAUCUGUGUUGGCACCACUACACUCUUUCUUUUCAUAGUUUUAUAAAAUAUUUGAAAAAGUCAAAACAAAGCUGCUUUACAAUGUAUAAAAGAAGGUAAUUGAAUGGUAAUGUCUAUUUUUCCUAAUAAUUUGUGUGAUACUUUCUUGUGCACUAAGUCUUCAGAUAUUACAGAGCUGAUAAUUAAUGUUUAUAGUCUCAUAAGAGGACUUCAAUUUGCAGAAUUAAUCUAGCUAAUCAAAGCUGCAUGUGUUAAAAUAACAUUUUCUGAACAUCAUUGUAGGAGCAUGCAGAGUUCUGGUUUUCAAAAUACUUCUUAAUGUGUCUUUCACUAGAAAUCCAACUAUUGAAGCCAGCUGUGUGCUAUUAAGGGAUUAUUUGAUAUUCUCGUUAUUUAUUAGCAUGUUUACCAUUUACAUACGUAUUCCGAUUGUUCUGCGAGGGUAGCAUCAGUGCAUCCAUACUGAUUAUCACCAAAUUUGAUUCUUAAUUCUGUGAAUGUCCAAACAAUAAAAAUUAAUUGACACAUAACUUUUUGAUCAGAUAUAAUGCAAUGAUUUUGUAAUGUCAUUUUUUGAAUAGCAAUUGCAGAAGGGAUUACUUAGUUAUAUAAUAAUUAUUGCUAUCAGAGCUUUUGAUCUCUUUGUGCUGUCACAGUGAAUGUGGUGAUAUAAGAAAGUGAGUGAAUAUGUUAUUGUAAGGAUGCUAUUACUGAACAGAAACAAGUGGUGUAUUCAGAAAUUUGCCUGAAAUGUCGCAAAAUAACCAUAAUUCAAAAAUAGAUUGUCCCAUACACGUUGUACUCUUGUUGUAGACAUGUUUUCUUAAUGAGUUUUUUAUUUGAAGGUGAAAUGUACUUAAAUUGAUUCGCUCUGCCAUGCAUGCCAACAAAUGAAAUUUUCACACGAUUGGAUUGGGCAAUUUAAUAAUUGAACAAUUAUCCUAUUUGUUGUGGUUAUUUCAGUUUGAAAUUUGGCUUUACAUGUAAACUUAAAUUGUGUUUUGUUAAUAGAUUUUAAAUAUAUUCUGCUAUUGCUGUAACUUAACUCCCUGUAACGUCUGUAGAGAAGAUGUGUACAACUUGUCCACAUUUAGAGUAAUACUGCUACUUACUCUAACUUGUAUUUCUGUGUGGGAUGAUUACUUGUUGUAUGUGAGAAAAUAAGCAAAAAUUAUGUCUGAAAGAUUCAAGUUUCUAGUUAUAUUGUACUGUAUUUACCCGAAUAUAAGAUGGCUCGCAUAUAAAAUGACCCUUGUUUUUAUUACUUCAAAUUAAUUCCCAACAUGAAAUUUAAACACACAUACAAAAAUCAUCUGUAUUAUUUAUACAUUAAAUAUGUAUCAAUGCUAUUUAGAUACUCUCCAUGAAUUAAAUUUUCAGUCAAUAUCUCUCUUUUUUAAUCAUCUUAAUAAUUUUUGUACUAUAAAUACCUUCUGUUUUUGUCAGAACCAACCAAUCUUGUCAAAUAAGGUGAUAAAAAGAUAAGUAGAACUUCAUGGAGAGGUGUUGAUUUGCAGUUUCACUCUAUAAAUGAUAAGUAAUUGUUGAAAUAAUGGAUCUUAAUUAGGCAAUAGCAAAUCAAUUUGCAACCUACAACCAUCUAAUGAUCUUUUUUGUACAUAUCAAUCAUACCCCAAUCAUACUCCAAAACAGUGCAUCUGAGGUUCUUAAAAACCUAGUUUUCAAGGCCAAAGACCUCGAUUUGUGUUCCUCAUGCCAUUAUAUAUGAAUAAUUGAAAUCUUUGAUACCAUUUAUUACUUUUGGGGGAUUCUGCUUUUCAGAAUGUACAGAAUAUUGAAUUGUACUAUUCAAACAUUUGUCUUUCUUAAUACGUGAAAAUGGAUGCAAACUGGAAAAAAUGCUCAUCUAAUAUUCGGGUAAAUGAUAAAUAUUCUUAGUGAAAAGCAGUGCUUCAGAAACUUGUUUCAGAAUCUCUUCUGUUAAAUAUUGUAUACAGUUUGUAUUAUUAGUGCAAAAUAUUAUUUAUUAUUCUGUUUCAAAAGUCAGUUUAUCAGAAUCUGUGCCAAAUGUUUGGAGGAAAGGCAGUGCUGUUUUGAGUUCUCAAUUGAGAUUGGGGCCAAUUUUUAUUCAGUUCAAAGUUUUCAGUAUUGGAUUUUAAAUAUAUUUUUGGUCAUUAAUGAUUUUGGUUUUAAGACAACCUUAUUCUGUAAUUAGUAACUUGUUAAAAGUGGAAAAACGGUAGAUUUCUUUGCAAAUUCUGAUUUUUUUGCACAAAUAAUAAGCAAACUUUUCAAUCAAAACAUCAAUCAAUUAAAAUGUCAACUCCUAUUAGCAGUACAAAAAUAAGAUCAUAUUCAUCACAUUUAAAGAAAUAUUGUUUUUGCUGUAUUAAAAAUGAAUCGACUAAUAAUCUUAAAAACUACUUUUCUAAAUUCAAUUUUUUUUCAAUAUUUCUAAUCUAGGGUUCAUCCAUAAAUUAUGUGACGCAAACAUGGAGUAAUUUGACCCCUCUCCGCCCCCGUGUAAUGCACCUCUGAUGCACGCUUGAAUUCCCUCUAAUUAAUUUCGUAACACUGGGAUCAACAUCCCCAUGUAGAAUAAGUAAAAAUAAAUUAUAAAGCAGUAACAAUGAGUUGUAUUAAUUUUAUUUGAGUUAUUUUGAAAUGUGUGAUCAUUGAAGUCAGAAUUAGUUGACGAAGCAGACUACAUUUAACAAUAAGAAUGGUGACUAUUCUUUAACGAAGAAAUAGCGAAUACAUGAGAAAAUUUUUGAAAACAAACCAUGCCCCCACCGUUGUGGAUAACACAUAGGCCUUGAGUCUACUGCGCUAAUUUAAUUAGAUUCUAGAAUAUACUCUCGAUUAGUUUUUGUUAUUUUCUUCGUAACCUAACACAUCUAACUAAUUGAUUCAAUCAAUAUUCCAUUUAUGAAAACAAAUUUAAUGUUUUGGUGUAAAACUGAAUAAAAAGAAUUAUUUUGGCAAAUGUUGAAAAACUUCGAAUUUAAUAUCAGCAUUAUUAACUCUAAGCUAUGCCCCCGCCCCUAUAUAACUGAGCAUAACGCUGUCUCAAUCCCCCUACUCUUGAGUAUUACAUAAUUUAUGGACGACCCCAGAGGCUCUUGGUCUCAGAUCAAGUAGGCUUUGUGGUUAAAGACUGGUCUGAGAAAAGGAGUAAUUUGUGAGUGAUACUGGAGUUUUCCAAGUUGUGCAAGUCUACCAUUGUUUGAAGUCUAGUGUUUAAUGUGCUUGAUUCAGACAAUCUUCUUUGCUUACUUUUACAAUUUUCCAUAUACUUCUUGAGUGUUUGGAUUUGUUUUGUAUUUUAUUUAAAACUUAAGGGUCGAGAUUGGGCAAUAUUUGUGAUUCCUCGGGUAACUCAGGUAUUUCUCAGGAAUCGUUCAUCUGUGAUUGUUACCCUUCAAUAUGCUGAAAGUAAUGAGGUUAUAUUUCAAUCAACCCAUGUUGUAUCAUUUUGAUAUAGUUUUCCUUUUUUGUCAGACAAAUUAGAUGAAUUUUACAAAGUGUCCUUGGUGUGUACCAAUCAGCUCACUAACAUAUCUUCCACUACUUUCUAAAUAAUAACUUCAAUCAUUAAAUAUGCAAUUAGUAUAUAAUGUAGCUUACAGUUUUUAUAAUAUGUAAAUAUAUAUAAUUGUUUAGACAUGUGCAUGACCACAUGUCUGUGUGUGUGUAAGUGCGGAUGUCUGUACACAUGCAUGAAUCAAUGCUUAUGAGUGUAUUUAAUGAACUUCAUUCUUAUAAAAGAAGCUCUGAGGAGUUCUCAGAAAAAGUUGAACUCACAUAGAAACUACCUCUGAUUCAUUUUUGAACAUGCAUUUUGACUUAUAGCUUGGAAAUAUGUGAUUUGGGUGGCAUGUAACAUUCAAAAUAUAAUGUAGGUUGAUCCUGCCCAGUUGUUGUGUUGGCAUUUCUAGAAAAAGUUCAAUUUGAUGUCUAUUUUUUUUAUGUUAAAUUGCUCAUUGUAGAAAAUAGCCAAAAAUUUGUCAGCAUAAGUUUUGGCCAAAGGAGGUGAUUAAUGUUUCUAAUAAACUUUUUCUUGCGAAAUUCAAAUAUGAAAUUGAAAUGUUCUCUAUCUCUUAAUUUUCUUGCAAUAAUAGGUUUUAUCUAUGAGUAUCACAAUGGGCAUAAAAGAUCAAUAUCAACUCACCUGUUAUUAAAUACAUUUAAACAGCUGCGGUGGCUUAGAGGCAACAUGGCUUUGCGUCUGUAGCAUCACUGACUGAGAUGUUCUAUUAAGUCCCGAAGGCACUGGAUUUUCGACAUUAGCUAUGUAGCAGUGUCAAAUUCAAUUCCAGGCUGGAGGAAAAUCUAGCGACUGAUUGCUGCGAUCAGUAGUUUUCUGAGGUUUCUCUGAAUACAGCCAAAUGCUGGAUCAGAACCUUAAGCAACAUGCCAUAGACUGUGCAUAGUCUUUCCUUUUCAUUCUUGUCCCCCUUCUCCUCCCUCCCUCCCUCCCUCCCUCUCCCUCCCUCCUUCUCUCUCUCCCUCUCCCUCUCUCUCUCCCUCUCUCUCUCCCCCUCUCUCUCUCUCUCCCUCCCUCUCUCUCUCCCUCCCUCUCUCUCCCUCCCUCUCUCUCCCUCCCUCCCUCUCUCUCUCCCUCUCUCUCUCUCUCUCUCUCCCUCUCACUGUCUUCUCUCUCACAUACACCUCCUCUUUCAUGCACUACACCAUCACGUUAGGAGACCAGUCAGGAGCUAAGAGCGUGUCCUGGCUGGUGCUGAGCCCCCCCCCCCACCAAACUAACAUGUACGUCUCGUUUUUCAGCAGGGGAGAAUCACUGCCGCAUCCUAAAUUAUAAAAUGCACUACACUUAUGGAAUCAUACAAUUUGAUGCACUUGGAAACACUAAGUAAACAGGCAGCUGAUCAAAUAUUUUUAAUUUCUUCCAUGUUUUAAUUUCUAAAAUUAUAAAAGACAAGAUUAUCUCUAUUUUGGUAUCUCUAUCAAAGGUUGAAGAGAAAUCAGUAUAUUAAAUUUGCCCUGUUUAUGAAGUGAAUGAACUGUUAGAUUAGAUAGUGACAUAUGAAAUGACACAAAUUUGUCAUCCUCCUUGAGAUUAGUAAAUCACAGAAACUUCCCUGACCUUGGCCUUCAACAUUAAAAGUUGGUGUUUAUGCUUGAUGUAAAAGUAAAUUCAGAAUAUCAGUAAAGGAGAAAUUGAUCACAAGAAUCAAAAUCAAAUAUGAAAGCUAUUGAAACAAAUUUUCUCC